GGGGGGGCCUUUAAGACUGUGACAGGAUGACGGCAACGAGGUGAGAGCAGGGCGCGCGCAGCAUCACGACGAUCCUCACAGGAAGGACAAAGAGGAGGAGGAGGCGUGGCACACGAUGGGCGCGUCAUUAACGCACGGGCUCGUGCUGAUGUUUAUAAUGACAAAGAGGCGCGAGACGUUAAACCUGCAGGACUAGUUAGUCUGUGACAACGAGGACCGGCCUCUCCGCUCCGCCCAGCACCGCCCGGCUGGCUCCACGCUGCCUGAGCGGGCAGAGACACGCACCGUGGCUGCAUGCAGCAGGCACGGAGUCAUAACACGCAAACAGAUAUUGCCACGCGGUGAGCCACGAGCAGAUCUGCGGGAUGAUGAACGGAGAGCGGAUCACAGCAGCCGGAGGAGACACGCAGGGGGCCGCGGGGAGGACGCUCCGGUUCCAACGGCCGCACGCCUCGGUGCCCCAGUUCACCAACUCCCCGACCAUGAUCGUGAUGGUGGGCCUGCCGGCACGAGGGAAAACUUACAUCUCUACGAAGCUCACCAGGUACCUGAACUGGAUCGGCGUCAAAACCAAAGUGUUUAACGUGGGGCAGUAUCGCAGACAGGCCACGUGCUCCUACAACAGCUACGAGUUCUUCAGACCCGACAACGAGGAGGCCAUGAAGAUCCGCAAGGCCUGUGCCGUCGCUGCCCUCCAAGAUGUGUGUGAGUACAUCACCAGGGAGCAGGGUCAGGUGGUGGUUUUUGAUGCUACGAACACCACCCAGGACCGCAGAGAGGUCAUCCUGAACUUCGCCAAAGAAAACGGCUACAAGGUUUUCUUUGUGGAGUCGAUAUGUGACGACCCCGACAUCAUCGCUGAGAAUAUUAAACAAGUGAAGCUGAGCAGCCCGGACUACGCCGGCUGUGACAAAGAGGAGGCCGUGGCCGACUUCCUGAAGCGGAUCGAAUGUUAUACGAUGACCUACGUCCCCCUGGAUGACACCAAGGACAGGAACUUGUCUUACAUUAAAAUCUUCAACGUGGGCAGCAGAUACCUGGUGAACCGGGUCCAGGACCACAUUCAGAGCCGGAUCGUCUACUACCUCAUGAACAUCCACGUCACCCCGAGGUCCAUCUACCUGUGUCGCCACGGUGAGAGCGAACUGAACCUCGUGGGUCGCAUCGGAGGCGACUCUGGGCUUUCCUCUCGCGGGGCAAAGUUUGCCAGCAGUCUGGGGACCUACAUGCGUGGGCAGUGCAUCAGCGACCUGAAGGUGUGGACGAGCCACAUGAAGAGGACCAUCCAGACCGCAGAGGCUCUGGGAGUCCAGUACGAACAGUGGAAAGCUCUCAAUGAGAUCGACGCCGGUGUUUGUGAGGAGAUGACGUACGAGGAGAUUCAGGAGCAUUUCCCCGAGGAGUUCGCACUGAGGGACCAAGACAAGUAUCGCUACCGCUACCCUAAAGGAGAGUCGUACGAGGACCUCGUUCAGCGUCUGGAGCCGGUCAUCAUGGAGCUGGAGAGGCAGGAGAACGUUCUAGUCAUCUGUCACCAGGCAGUCAUGAGGUGUCUGCUGGCCUACUUCCUGGACAAGAGUGCUAACGAGCUGCCGUACCUGAAGUGUCCUCUGCACACGGUUCUGAAACUCACUCCAGUCGCUUACGGUUGCAAAGUGGAAUCUGUCUUCCUGAACAUCGAGGCCGUCAACACACACAGAGACAAGCCGGUGAACGUCGACGUGGACCGAGACCCAGCCGAGGCCCUGGAGACGGUCCCUGAACACAUCUAGGGGAGGACAGCCGGCAGGGAGCUCGUUUUUAUUCACUGAUGGAAAGUGGCCUUUUAUUGUUUUUUAAUUUAAGUAAUCUUAGAGAUCAUCGCUGUUGUGAUUGUUGCUGUUGUGACAGUUUGAAGCUUCACAACACUGAGACAUUUCUCUGUGGUAGCCUCUUUCCGUUGUCGAUGCACUUUAUAACGCAGGGCCGAGGAUGACGAAGGCGACUCUUCUACUGUGAAAAACAAAACAAAGUAGUGCUGAACAUGUGCGGGGGUCUGCGUUACCACUCGUGUUUUUACUCCUCGACUCUCCCUCACCUGUACCUGUGCAGUAACCAGUGUCAGUCCGAACCAUCAUUGUAGGAAGCUAUCUGUCCACACAGACGUAGAGAGUUGUUACAGAAGCGAAGCUGAAAGAGCCUUAAAGGACAGGUUGAUAUGAUUUUUAGAAUCACUGAAAACUUUUUUUAUUCCUGACAGUAAAACCGUCAUGUUUGCUCUGGUGGUAAAUGUACCAUCAUUUCUAUUCUGAUCUAAUCAACCACUUAAAACCACAUUCACCCAUUAAAACAGGACUUUUCCACCAUCACACCUGUGGGCCUUCUUCCAGAGCAGAAAUCAAACCUCCCUGAGUCGUGUGCUUGGGGCCUCGAUGCUGAUAAAACACCCAGAACACACGCUCUAAAAAACAAGAAGUCACUUGAGGGAACACCAGGAAAGAGUUUACAACAAAGUCAAGACAGAAAGCAGUUUUAAGAAACCAGGAACGCCUUUUGGAUCCUGUUUAAGAAAACAGGCGUGUGAUUGGUGGAGGUCUGCUCCUCCUUUAACCACAGCUGCAGUCCUUCAGCUUUUCAUGGAAACCAGAAACGGUUCAACGAGGGCGUCCUCACUCAAGCGCUGUGUUGGACUUUUCACAAACCUGAACAGGUAUAUAUUUAUAAAGGCAUUUAAUGUCAUGAUGUCAUAGCUGCAUGACUUUGAUCUUGGUUUAAAUUUGCAGAGAUAUUCAGCUCAGUUAUUUAUAAAAUGACGACAAAAGAAGUUACUGUUCAGAGAAAGUGGAUUGGCACAUGUAAACCUCAGACUUUAUUACACCGUGAUGUCGACACUCGUAGUGUUACAAGUCUUUGGACAACAGAAGCUCUGAUUACCUUCAGUCUGUUCAGAAACUGUGAGGAUAGUUUAGUGUUUUAAUAUCCCUUUUUAAACAGCCCGCAUUCAUUAACAAAAAAGAUGGAGGAAAACGAUCCCUGCCCGGAUCUCCACAUGUGACUCUGGAAUAUAACCUGAGGGGUCGGUGACUGGAUUCAGCAGGACUGGGUGACGUGUUUGGAUGAAUGUGGUUUUUGGUAGUUUUCAGUAUUAUUCAUUCUAAAAGAGAAAACAAAGAUGAGGCCUUCAAAGCACACGACCCAUAAUUCCUGCGUAAAACAUGAGGGGACAGCUGGUCCUGUAACUGCCCGAUACCUCAAUGUGCCUCAUAAAUACAAAACCCAUCACUACUCUAUGCACCCUCCACACACACACACGCGCAUACACACUCUCUUUAAUGGGGGAGGGAGGUCUGGUGCAUCUCCUUUUUAUUUUUUUGUUUGAAGUCACACUGACUGUUCGUGGUCCUGAUGAUGCGUCUGUCCGCUGUAGUCCUGCUCUUUGUCUCCUGGACUCGCUGAUCCAGGAUCACUGGUAUCAUGAACUCAUCCACAGGCUCUGUGUGCUCACUCACCUACAGGCAGGGUGAUGUUUUGGAGGGCGAGUGGUUCGUUACAGGCAUCACAGACUGGUGUCGUACUAAACAUGACUAAAGAUCAAUAAAAGCAUCAGUUAGAUGCUGGAAUCAAAACAGCCACAUCCCGUGGUCUUUAGAGGGACUGUUUGUGCUUCCAAGCAUCGGAUUGCUGCUUGGAUAAGACACCAAAAACCGUUCUGCUAAUUAAUGCUGCAGAAUAAUAAGCUUCAUGAUAAUAGUGAAGCUAAACUUCAACACCUGUGUAGGCUUCUGGUUUGAGCCACUUUGUAAAGGGAGUAGUACACACCUGUGCUAAAAGCGUCAGGUGUUCUUAAUAGGAGACAAAGAUUUGCCUCUGAGAAACAGGUUUGUUCCAGUUUAGCUGGGUGUGUGUGUUCUGUAGAUAAUCACUAAAUAUCACAUAUAUGCAGCUUUCUGUGUGUGUGUGUGUCUGUGUGUGUGAUUCUGAAGAACAGGCCCCUCUUGGUAUUUGGGAGUGUAGAUAAGAACGUCCUGCUCUCUCCUUCCUGGGAGUGAAACGGCUCGUAGAGAACCAGGUGCAGAGGAAAUAUACUGGGUGAAUCAUAUCUGAGAACACUAUGCUUUUGUCUUUCAUUUAAGCUUCACUUCAGCGAAACAGUAAUAUCAUAAAAUACGAUUAAAUGGAAAGAAUAAAUGGGUAAACAACUAUUAACACUAAAAUUAAAGAUAAACUUUCAAUAUGAAUAGAAGUGGGAAAUCUCUUAACAAGUAUACAGUAUCAAUAAGCUAAUAAGACUAAAUAUACCUCAAAGCCUGCCGCUUCGUGAUGUGCUCACCUGAGAAUCUGUAGAAAAACUGCACAUUUUCCAGAGUAGGUAGCCUGGGGCAUGUUUAAAUCAAGGUUACCAUGGCAAUAUGCUGUAGUUAGGUGAGCCAGGUUCAUGAUACCAGUAAACCUGGAUACCAACUAACACUAUUACUCACAUGUGAUUGGAGGCCUCUGCUGUGUGCUGGUCUGAAGCAUUAGGUUCUGAGUUGUACAGUAUCACCGGGUGUAGCAAUAGAAAAUCCAACCACCUCAGGGGAUCCUCAUUUUCACAAAAGGGACGCCAGCACAUGACAGUGUAAAUACAUGAACACGUGUCCACACAGUGUGACAGUUUUACUGUGUGGGGUAGCAAACCUGCAGUGUUAAACAGAAGUUCUGUGUUUAGACGAGACCCGUAGAGUAACCCCGCCCCCGUCUGUGCAAACAUGCAGUUGUGCCGCUGUGUCACCAGCGACCAGUCAAAUCAAUGCAAUCACUGUUGUUGGAUCAAUUAUAAAAACUUUAUUUUAUAAACGUGAAAAAAAACCUGCUGUUACGAUAAAAACCAGGCAAUAAAAUCUAAAUGGAUACUG